UCUUCAGGAGUUGCUAAAAGGCUUGCAAGAAGCGUUUGAGGGAAGCUCCAUGGAAAUGUGUGAGCGGAAUCCUUUAAAUCCCGGCUAUGUUGGUUCUCUGUUGAAUUUUGCGCCACCUGAUUCGCUAUAUUUCUCCAACUUGCGCGGUAAUGGAGCCCACAUACCCGGGCUGCACCAGAUCCCCUACAACAGGAGAGAGGUGUGCACGCUCCCGUGGACUUCCUCAAAUUCGUGCACGUCCAGACCCACACCAGCACCACCAGCACCACAGAGCCGCGCCUUUGGAGGCUACUGUCCGCCGUUUCUGUCCAACUCGGUGUCUGUGAACAGCAGCUCCUCCAGCGGCCACAUUAGGGCGCAUGUGGAGGAGCCUGCUCGGUGCUUCCAGGACGCGGAGACCAAGGCGGAAGCGCCUGGCAGACCAGAUGAAGUUUACGCCGGGGAGCAUGGGAGCAUCAGUGACGGCGGAUACUCAAAUCUACACAGCCGGUCUCACGGUUCUGCGGCCCAGACGGAUCCGGAGUCAGCAGGCCCGCUACAUGUGAACGGCACCAAACAGGAGCACAAUCCACUUCAGCCACCACCGAGUAACACAUGCUCCAGAACGAGUUAUGCAGAAGGUGGCCCCUGGUGCUCCUCACAAGUGAGAAUCAGAAAGAAGAGGAAGCCUUACACGAAGCCACAGCUGGCUGAACUUGAGAAUGAAUUUAUGAUGAAUGAAUUUAUCAACAGACAGAAACGAAAGGAGCUGUCAGACAGACUGGACCUCAGCGACCAACAGGUGAAAAUAUGGUUUCAGAACCGGAGGAUGAAGAAGAAACGACUCAUGAUGCGCGACCAGGCUUUCUCCGCAUACUGAUGACCUUUGGACUUGAUCGUGACCAGCAGCGCACAGAAUAUGUUGUGUUGUAGUAUGGAUGCUCCUGCUGCUCCUGCUCCUGCUACUGCAGCGCAUCACGUGUCAUCUCGGUUUGUGGCAUUGACGUGUUUUUACAAAUACGUGCAAAAUGGCUAUUUUACAGUCACGCAAUAGGCUACAGUUGUAUCAAGGCACACCGAGUUCAGAUAGAUUCUAGUAAUGUUAAUAACUAUACAAUACAGAAAGACAUUUUACGCAUUUGGUCAUUUUUGUCCUCUGAGGUUGUCCAAAUGCGCACAGAGGCCUUGACUGCAGUUGGGCCGUGGCGCGGUUAAAAUAAACCUCAAAAGAUGAAUUAUUUCUCUUCCAACACAAAUAUCAGGUCAUUUUUAACAGGAUCAUAGUUGUGUCUGUUUUUGUGUAUUUUGUAUGAUUGCCUGCGCAUGUAGUGUAGGCCCUUUAUGUGGAAGCAACAGUCAAGUUCAUGUUUACUGACGAAUACAAACGAAUACAUUUAAAAAAUAAAUAUUACAAAUAUAUUAUAUCUGCAUGUCUUAUUUCCCCCCGAUGUAUUGUAAGUCUGUUAAAGAUAAUGUCACAUUUUGUUCUACAUGUGGCCGCGUCCACAUUCAAGGUCGGUCUGUGGAGGAGAAAAAAAAUGUGGCGCAUUUAUUGGUAGAAAGUGUUUACUGCAAAUGUCUGUGAAACAAAGUGAGACUGUGGACGUGUAAUGUUUGUUGUGUUACGUAAAGUAACGUUGUAACUGUAGUGAAUUAAGCUUGGAUUUCUUUUCUUUUAUUGUCCCACUUUGUCUUGUGUUGCUACAAACAUGAAUGUACGGUCAUACCUAAGACUCAUCUGCAUUGAAACCACCCUUGCUAUGAAACUCUAUCCUUUAUAAUUAUACUCGAUUAAUAUUUAAUACAAGGAUUUAAUCUUAACAUUUGACUUUUGUUUUCGGAAAAAAAAAAUAUUCUAGAAAGCAUGUUAUUGAUAAACCUAAAUACGUGGAAGCGCCAAUGCUGCGUUGUCUUUACGCACGGAUUAGAGAUAUUGUAAAGUAGACGCAAUCUAUGACUGAACACAUUUAUAAAUAAAGAGGAUGUUAAAUGAUAUAAAGGACAAGUUAUUGUGCAUUAUGUGAGUCGUUUUAUAUUUUUUAAAUAAAAUCUGUAUCUAUGCG